AUGGCCGAGAUUAUGGGUCCAAACGGCCCCAAGACUGGUCUCAUAAGACGAGUGUCCAACAAAGUGAAGAAUCGCGCGGCGCAUAUCCCUAGACCGGGUCGUCGCCAGUCUUCCGUCCAUCCAGUCAGCCGAGAUGGAAGUGUUGGCCCUGGGAUCAUCCGCCGUGGCAGAAGUGGCAGUAAUGUUACCGCUCCUGAGCACGGCUGUACCGAUUCCGAGGAAGAAUUCGUCGAUGAAAAAGAUGAUCGCGUCUCCCUAUUUGGCGGCGACACACCUAAGGACUAUUCUCCGAUCAGUGCUGCAGUCUCUGUAACUACCCCCGCGACAGCGGUGGAUGUCACUGCUGGUCCUGUCAUCCCACUCGCUCUCCUACAGGGCACUUGGAUUUCAAAAGUGUCCAAGAAGAGCCGGAAGCGUGUUUUGCUGUCCCUCGAACCUGAGGCAGGCAAGUUCUCAUGGGACAGGAACCGCCCCUCAAAAUGUGUCUACAUUGAUGAUAUAAAAGAGAUUCGGGUAUAUCCCGAUAUCUCACAAUCCCGCAAGGAUUGCGGAAUUCCAGAAUCCGAUCAACACCUCUUCUUCUCCAUAUUGUACGCUAUCCCCGACAAGUCCAUGAGCAAGACCAUGCAUCUUGUCGCCGAUGACGAGGAAACCUUCACAAACUGGGUUUCCACGCUUGAUGCUAUCUCCAAGCAUCGGCAGGAUCUCAUGUCAUCUCUCAUGGCGUUCAAUGACAAAGCCAUCCGCGCCUACUGGCAAAAGGAGAUGGGCAAGAUCAAUUCUGACAGACUCGGUGUGAUUCCGGAAGAGGAAAUCGACUUCUCUGGAGUGGAACGAGUCUGCCGCAAUCUCCACAUACAUGUACCCGAAGGCAGCCUCCGGGCCAAAUUUAACGAAGCCGACAGAAGCGGAACUAAAAGACUGAGUUUCGCCGAAUUCCAGGAGUUUGUCCGCUUGAUGAAGCGGCGCGAGGACGUUCGCGCCCUUUAUCGCGAAGUAGCUUCCGACAUCGAUAGUGGCAUGACCUGGACCGAAUUCCUGGAUUUCUUGCGGGACGUUCAGGGCGAGGUUAUUGAUGAUUCCGCUCCGUGGGAAGCCGUUUUCGCCAAAUUCAGUCGUCGCUACAGACCUAAGGAUGCUGGAAAGCUCGACAAUGGCGUCGACGAGACUCCAAGGAUGUCUGAAGCGGCUUUGGCCGGAUAUCUGACAUCAACUUAUAACCCGCCCUUGGUGAAAGCACCACAAGAAUACAGUCUCGACCGGCCCAUGAACGAGUACUUCAUCUCCAGCUCUCACAAUACAUAUCUUCUGGGUCGACAAGUUGCUGGGAACUCCAGUGUUGAAGGCUAUAUCUCAGCCCUGAUGCGUGGCUGCCGUUGCGUUGAGGUUGAUUGCUGGGAUGGCCCAGAUCUCCAGCCAAUUGUCGUACAUGGCAGGACUCUCACAACCCAAAUCCAAUUUCGCGAGGUGAUCAACGCCAUCAACAAGUAUGCUUUCGAGAGAUCUGAGUUCCCCUUGUGGAUCUCCCUAGAGGUCCACUGCAAUCCCGUUCAGCAAGCAGUCAUGACAAGUAUCAUGGUUGAGAUAUUUGGUGAUAAACUUGUUCGCGAAACGCUAGACGGAUUCACUGACCAGCUGCCUCCCCCUUCUGCCCUGAAAGGACGUAUUCUCAUCAAAGUCAAGAAGCCUCAGGCAAUUGAUGACUUCAAGAAUGGAGACGUUGUCGCCGGGAGGAAGAGGGGAAACAGCCUGACAUCGCCCUAUACCAAGCCAGUAUCGAUGGAUAACUCGCCCAUCCCGAACAGUCCUCUGCUAAGCCCGAGCUACUCGACAAUGAGAAGAUCCAGCAGCAACCAUCCCCGUGUUGACACCAUUACUGAGGGCGAGGUUCAAGAGCCUGCAAGCAGCAGCACCAGUGAUGAUAGCGGCGAGGAAAGAGGACCUACAACUAAGGCGAAACAAAGCAAAAUCACCAAGGUGCUAGGUGAUCUUGGUGUUUACUGUCUCGGAAUCAAGUUCAGGGGCUUCGAUGAUGCCGAGUGCAAGUCCUUUAACCACAUCUUGUCUUUCAAGGAGAGGACAUUCUUGAAGAACAGCGAGAGCAAGGUGGACAAGAGAGCUUUAUACCGGCACAACAUGCGCCACUUGAUGCGUGUCUACCCCAAUCAGACUCGCAUAACGUCCAGCAAUUUCGACCCUCUGAUUUACUGGAGAAGAGGUGUCCAAAUGGCUGCUCUCAAUUGGCAAACUUUCGACUUUGGCAUGCAACUUAACCGGGCGAUGUUUGAUGGUGGCACGGACCAAUCAGGUUACGUGCUGAAGCCAAGCGAGUUCCGUGAGAUCCAAGUGAUGCCCAACUUGCCUGGAGAAUGGAUUGGUAAGCGUGAAAGGAAGAAUGUCAGCUUCAGUAUCGAUGUUAUUUCAGCCCAACAACUCAUGCGCCCUGCCAACCUCGGAGAACGUCGGACUCUUGAUCCAUACGUGGAGGUCGAAGUCUACCUUGCAGACGACAAACGCGACAAGAAAGAGAAUAAUGGCCAGGCUCAGCCAUCGCGCACACCACAGAAGUGUCGCACACAGGUCAUCCGUGAGAAUGGCUUCAACCCGAUCUUCGAUAAGAAGUUCACGUUCAACUUCACAACUAAAUAUCCGGACCUCGUGUUUAUAAGGUGGUCUGUGAAACUUUCGCAGGGCGAAAACCAGCAGGAUCGCAGCCCUCCAAUGGCAACUUUCACGGCCAAGUUGAGCAGUCUCAAGCAAGGUUAUCGAACACUCCCUCUUUUGGACCACAAUGGAGAUCGAUACCUCUUCUCUACGCUCUUCUGCCGUAUCAAGGUUGACCCUAUCACCAGCGUAUUCGUUGACUACACUGAGGAUGGUGAUAAUGUCAACAGAUUGAGGAGCCUCGGCAGAACUGUCUUCAACCGAUCAUCAAACAUCAGCCCGAAGUCCAGCAUGGACAGUGGGCUGUCAUGA